AUGUCAGAGGUAGAACGACUACUUCCAGCCGAAACCCCAAACACAGUAGAAGUAUAUGCGCAAUCAAGAGAACCUCUUACCAUUCGCGAAGCUAGUGAUGCAAAUAAGCAUCAGUUGCGAACGGAUUUUGAGAGGUCUGGUUUCGCCAAUACGUCUGCUGUCGUGGAAAAGGAACGUAGUUUUACGGACACCGGGGGCCAAGCUAGUCGAGACUUCGUGAUAGUUGCCUCGAAUGUGCAGCGGACUGUGUCGAAAGUGUCAAAGCCCGCUGACGUCCGUAGGAAGCUGGUAAUCGUUGGCGAUACUGGUUGUGGAAAGACUGCCCUACUCAUGGCUAUUUCUACCGGGGUUUUCCAGGAGCCAGAUCGCUACAGAAACUCUGUUGGAGAUGUUGAGGUUGAAGUUGAAGGAAAACUUGCUUCGCUUGAGCUGUGGGAUACCAGCGGCCGCUCAGUUGACGAUGGACUGCGGCCACAAGCAUAUCCAGGCUCACAUGUGAUCCUGAUGUGCUUUGCCGUAGACAGUCGCGACUCCUUUGACAAUGUACAAGACAAGUGGAUUAUCGAGAUGUUAAAGUAUUGCAAGGGUGUGCCAGUAAUACUUGUCGGGUGCAAGAAAGACCUCCGAGGUGAUUACAAAGCUGUUGCAGAAGUUGGCAAAGCCAAGCAAAAGCAAGUAACUUAUGAAGAGGGCGAAAAAGUCCGGAGGCGGAUGGAAGCGUGGUACACAUAUCUAGAGUGCUCUGCCAAGACUGGUGAGGGGAUUCGUGAGGUGUUCGAAUAUGCUACUCGAGCUACACUUGUUAAUUGGAAAUCCUCCAAAGAAGAGAAGCCCGGGGUAUUUCAACGCUUGUUUUCGAGGUCUUCAUCUUAA